CGCUGACGGUUCAUGAGUCAGCCAGGUUUAAAAUUUCAUGGUGCUCCCUCACCGCUCUCUCAAUUUGAAGCCUGCUGAACACCGCCCGAGUUGCGCCAUUUUGAAAGUGUAAUGCUGGGAGAGGCAGAGGCGAGGGAAAUCUCAAAGUAGAGUGCAAAGUCUAAAAGCCAGUACUAAGGAUUGUAGAUACUCUCUUUGGUUGAAAACUGUUUAGUGGUGUCUGUAUCAACCGGCCCUGGGACUUGUGGGUUCUUCGGACUUACGAGCAGCACUCCCCGCUUCAUUCCUCCACUGCUCCUUGAUCAGAACCACCCAGCCGACCCGGGUCAGCACUGCUCCAGUCAAGGGCCCGAGCCCGCUACAGAGAUCCCCUCUGUCUGAGUCGCUCACCAUGGCAGGGGCCGGUGGUGGGAACAGUGAUGUGCAGUGGUGCUUUUCCCAAGUCAAAGGAGCGAUAGAUGAUGAUGUCGCAGAAGCUGACAUCAUAUCUACGGUUGAAUUCAACCACUCUGGGGAGCUACUAGCCACCGGGGACAAGGGGGGUCGUGUUGUCAUCUUUCAGCAGGAGCCAGAGAGUAAGAAUCAGCCACAAUGCCGAGGGGAGUACAAUGUUUACAGCACCUUCCAGAGCCACGAGCCUGAGUUUGAUUACCUGAAAAGCCUCGAGAUCGAGGAGAAGAUCAACAAGAUUCGAUGGUUGCCUCAGAAAAAUGCAGCACAGUUCCUUUUGUCUACAAAUGAUAAAACCAUAAAGCUGUGGAAAAUUAGUGAGCGUGACAAGAGACCAGAGGGCUAUAAUUUGAAGGAAGAAGAUGGGCGAUACAGAGAUCCCAAUACAGUCACAACAUUAAGGGUACCAGUAUUCAUGCCCAUGGACUUGAUGGUGGAAGCCAGCCCUAGACGAGUGUUUGCGAAUGCUCAUACCUACCAUAUCAACUCCAUCUCAGUCAACAGUGAUUGUGAGACCUACCUGUCUGCAGAUGACCUGCGCAUUAACCUCUGGCAUCUGGAGAUCACUGAUCGCAGCUUUAAUAUUGUUGACAUUAAGCCAGCCAAUAUGGAGGAGCUGACAGAGGUGAUCACAGCAGCGGAGUUUCACCCCAACCAAUGCAACACUUUUGUCUACAGCAGCAGUAAGGGCACCAUCCGCAUGUGUGACAUGAGGGCAUCAGCACUGUGCGACAAGCACGCCAAAAUGUUUGAAGAGCCAGAGGAUCCAAACAAUCGUUCGUUCUUUUCUGAAAUCAUCUCAUCCAUCUCUGAUGUAAAGUUCAGCCACAGUGGACGCUACAUGAUGACCCGCGACUACCUGUCUGUCAAAAUCUGGGAUCUGAACAUGGAGACCCGACCAGUAGAGACAUACCAGGUGCAUGAAUAUCUCAGGAGUAAGCUGUGUUCCCUUUAUGAGAAUGAUUGCAUCUUCGACAAGUUUGAGUGUUGCUGGAAUGGGAACGACAGCGUUGUGAUGACUGGUUCCUACAACAACUUCUUCAGGAUGUUUGACAGAGGCUACCGUCAGGACGUCACCCUAGAGGCCUCACGGGAGAACAGCAAACCACGAUCGGUCCUAAAACCUCGCAAAGUAAGCACAGGUGGGAAGCGUAAAAAGGAUGAGAUCAGUGUGGACAGUCUUGACUUUAACAAGAAGAUCCUCCACACUGCCUGGCAUCCUCUGGACAACAUCAUUGCUGUGGCCACCACCAACAAUCUGUACAUAUUCCAGGAGAAACUCAACUAGCAUUUGUUGAACCGCUCAGAUCCCAGUUUCUGCUUGAGCCCCACUGUGCUGAUACAUAACAAACAAUAUCUGUCUGUCUGUCUGUCUUUGGCUAAAUCCCCAAGUCUUGAUAUGAUCUGCCCUUGGUGAUUCUAAUUAUUGACUGUGAAAAGACUUACUCUGUUGACAACAAACAGCGGCAUUAACACAGCAAAUCCAACCAAGGCAUCACAAGCACAUUUUCUAUGAUUAUUACAAAUAUAAACAUGCAGGGUUUGUAGAUCUGAGACCAGACUUUGGGACUUAGUGUCACGGGUUUCCUUCAUCAGAAUCACUCCAUUCAUCAAGUUACUGUUUGCAACUCCACUACAUCCCUAACCAAAGGGAAAAUGUGUUAAAUACACGUAUUUGGCUAAUUUGUUUCCUUAUUCUUUUGUGCCAUCGUGACAUGAUUCAUUUGUAUGUCAUAGCUACUAAUAGUUAAGUUUUUGUAGCUACCUUGUUUUAUUAGUUUGAAUAGGAAAUUCUCCCUAUUGUUAAUAAGUCUUUCUGUCACCAUGUUCCUUUUCAUACUGGCCUGCAACACUGCUAAUACAAGCUGUCAACACUCCAUAUUUGCCCCAAGUAUUUGUCAAGUUGCCAAGUUCACUCACCAUUUCUUUCCUAAUAUACAGUAUGGUUAUGCUGUUAAAGGACUAUUCUAGUGUUUUAUCAUGUUUCAGCUCAUUCUCUACAAAUAAUGUAUAACUUACAUUACUGUUAACUUUUGUCCACAGUGUACCAAUAUUUAUUAGAUCAAAUUUCUAUCUUAAAGGCAGCCACCGGUUUACAUUCAUUUCUCUACAGUAAGAAAGUCAACAUACUUGAACUUAACUUGACAUGUAUUCCAUCACAGUGAGCCUUUUGUUGUCUUUGAUUAAGUCAAAGUAAUUUUUCUGUGGUAACGUAGUUGCAAGCAAGAAAAGUCAGUGUGUGUUCAAGCAUAACAUAACAUCUGACAAUGAAGGUAAGUCUCCUAAAAUCAGCUUUUUUUAAAUGCAGGAAAUAAUGAAAGUUUCUUCUAUAGAGCUUCUGACACAAUAGCUUGGAAAUGCUGAAGCUCAAAACUGUAAUGCUAGAGAGUCCUGGACAUAUCAAAAUCUGGUUUUCAAAACAAUCCCCGGUCUGACUAAAUGUUCACUGCGAUGGAUUACUUAUCUCAAGCUCAAGCCUGUAAGUUGAUUAUCAUAGUGUACUGAAAUGGCUACAUUGAGGAAAAGUAUCAGCAGUAAUGUAUACGUAAUUUUCUAGUUAAUGGGCUAAAACCUAAAAAAAAAAGAAAAAUCUUGUGUAGUCCUUAACCAUGGACAUAGGAAUGGCGAGUGCACACAGUCAUCAGGUAUUGUGGUUUUAGGAGUUGAAUGGGGGCCAAUCAUGCCAAAGUCCUAUACACUCUAAAGUCAGAUUCAUUUAAAGCUAUCUUGCAGACAAGGUGACCCCGGUCGGACCGGUCACCCUUGCACAUGUGUGGACCACCAUAUAGAGCUCAGGACAAAAGCUUACAUACGUGGAAGGGCAUGAUGGCGUGCUGUGGCCCUUUUGGUUUGAGGCACUGACAUUGAGUGCUGCUGUCAGCUUCCCCACAAAGCGCAUUGUGGUGUUGUAGAUUGAUCGCUUCACCCUCUGGAUCUAGUUUGCGUUUGUAGAGUUUUUUUUAUGAUGUUUUGUACUGUACCUGAUAAAAGAAGAAUAAUCACUAUAGCUGAUUUAUUUUUGUAUAAAUUAAGGCAAUAGGAUUACAGUCUUAUCACUGUAGUUUCUUUAGCUGUCUUUCUCGGACUGAUUGUAGAUGGAAGGUGGCUUGAAGGUCAGGUAACCUUUUUUGUAAUAUAACAUUGGGACGUUUUGUUCAUUCUGGCAGGUAUUUGUUUGAAAGCUAGAGACUUUCUGUGACAUCAAGGAAGUGUGUCGUUUCUGGCGUGGGAUGUCCAAAGGAAAGUAUUUUCAGGUGUCAGUACCUCUGGAGUCAUAAGCACUAUAAUGUUGUUUUUUUUUUUAAAUUUGGCUGACUGUAACUGAUGUCUAUGUAGAACCCAUUUGGACACUUCAGAGUUUGAUUCUGAGUUAAUUUUGGAUCUUAAAGUUUGUUUUUUUUGUGCCAUGGUUUUGUUUAUGAAUAAUUUUGCUCGCUGUGAAAGAAUAGGUCCUUGUAGGCCUGAAUGGGAAAGGCAUUUUAAUCAAUCUGUAAUGUUCAAACUGUUAAAUCAGGUUCUCUCUAAAGCUAGUCAGGUCAAUUGACUAGGCGGAGUUACUGAUUUAGAAUUAUUGUAUGAAAUGUCUUCUCUCCCCUGUGAUGCAGGGGUAGCUCUACUAUAUCCUCUCCAGACGUGUUUAUUUAAAAAGGAGAAUUUGUGAUGCACUUGGCUUGCAGUCGAUUGUUGUAUGGAAGCCAUCGUUAAUGACUGUGUUGAACAUGGGAAAAUUUAACUCCACUGUUUCUCUGCUACACUAUGCUUCGGUGCUGCCACUUCUCUUUGAAGCAAACUGGCUGAUUAUAGCAUAAUUUCCACUUCAUUACAAUUGUGUUCUGGUGUCAGAUUAAGCCAUUGAAUCAGGGCAUGAAUCUUUUAGGUCCACUGGGUUACAUUUAUGUGUCACUCUUACCAUAGACAACUGAUUUCCAGUCACUAGGAUGCCACCAAAAUAACCACCCAACUCCAUAUGUGGUGUUAAGCUACUGUUGAGUGUCUCUCUCUCAGGGCUCUGGAUAAUGUCCUCUAGUAAUAUGACACCUUGCAAAUCUUUUUUUAAUUUUGAACCUUCAACCUGUUGAAAAACAACUUUUCUUUAUUGUCUGAUGCAAGAUUGUGUGAGGGUUGAUCAAGUUAUUUCCCUCAUGUCAUAUACGUACAAAUCUGUAUAACAUGCCACCUUUCUCCCAUUCCACGGUCAAGGAUGAUUCAAUGAGUUAGCCACCACUCAACAAGGAGAGCUGUCCAUUCAAUAUGAGAUCAGUAAUCAGCUUUGCUCGGUCAUUCAUUCAAAGGAAGCAUUUACUCACUCACUCAUUCACUGUUGAAUAAUUACUCCUCUGACAACAUGCUGGAAGUGAGAAAUGUUUGAAAAUGCAGAAAUCUAUAAAUCGAAAUAGUACUAUAUUAGAAUUGGCAAGUUUCCUUUUUGAAAAAAUCUUAACGUUGGCUUUUACAAAAUCCCAUUUUUGCAGACACAGCAGAGAUGGUCAUCACACUGACAUUUUAUAAAAUAUUACCAAACCAGUCUUUUUCACUUUCCCCUCAUGUCUCUGAUGCUGUUGUUCAAAGCUAUGGUGUAAACUACAAAGAUGUUCAGAGGAACCUUAUUGCCUUUCUUAUAGCAUUAAGAAGAAAUAAGAUAAUCAAGUAUGUUUCUUGAACUUUCUGGCAUGCCAGACAGGAGACUGCUCAGGGGAAUUUUACUGCUGUUGUGUGAUCAAAACCUUGUACCUUCAAGAAGGCAGCUUUUCAGGAAAAACUGCCUGACUUACAGGCAGAUCAUGGUAGAUCAUACUUUUUUUUUCUUCCACAUUCAAGUUUCUAUUAAGGCUUUUGAAUAUGAACCUUGGGUCAACUCAACUUGUCCUAUAUACACUAUAACGGAUCAUGAAAUCUCAAGGAAACUGUCUAAAUUGGAGUUAAGAGGUUUUUCCACUUGCAGCAGCAGUAUAUACAUGUCUAAUGUAUCACAGGAGUUAAAACAAAAUGCACUUUUAUUUUUGUGAACUUCAUUAAUUUGUAUUUUUUUUGUUUUUGUUUAUUUCUUUCAAGGGGCUCUUGAAUAAAGAUUGUUGGAGAGUUUUGGUGAUCUGUUUAAAUGGUUCAUUGUACAGCUAUGUUUGUCUUUGUCAAAUGGAAUAAAGUACACUUUAGAUGAAAAGUAAUGAAUUUCAAACCUGGAUUCUGAAU